GCAACGUUUCGUGACAGUGCCACCUAGUGGCCACGAGAUUUUCACGUUAAGUCCAGUAUUUUACAAAUGCAAUGCCAAAUCGCUACGAAACUUGGUAUGGUUCAUCAGCGACAUAUUUUGAGCGCAUCUGAUCGGCUUGACCCCGGAAUUGCUGCUUGCAGCUAUAUUUAUUAUUAUUAUUAUUAUUAUUAUUAUUAUUAUUAUUAUUACUUGCCUUUGACUCCUUCAAGAUCCAGGAUCCCUAGUCCAGUCUUGACAGAGGCAGAAGUCUUGACUACAGCUCUAGUUGAUGCUUAUUAUGAGUACUACUGGAGUGUAUUUAAACCUGUUUUGAGAAUGUCUGUGUGUUAAGAAUGCUAUUGGUGCAUGAUGAUGUUUGUUGGAGACUGUUGGUGCGUAUUGGAGUGUGUUGCUACUUAUUUUAGAUAAUUAGAGUGUGCUGGAGAAUGUUGGUGUGUAUUGGAAACUUGUUGGUACAGUACUUGUUGGAGUCUGGUUCUUAUUAGAGUAUAUAGGCAUUUGCUGGAGUUGCAGAUUGCUGGUGCUUAGUGGUGCACAUGUUUCCAAAGGAUCUGUAGAGUCUGUUUUAAUGGAACCAACUUGUGAGAUGAUGAGACAAACUCAAAGUUUGUCUGAAGAGGCUGAGAGAAGAUGGGCUCUAAGUCAAAUGUGUGGCUUUUACCAACAUCACUGCUCUACCUCAGAGCUUUACUCUGACUCCUGCGUCAGGAUCAUGGGAGAGAGCUGCAGCUCCAGGCUAUUACAAUGUAGUCUCAUUAAUGCUAUGCAGAAUUUAGAGCCAGCCAUAGAGACCAGGACAAAGGCUUUGUGUGGGCAAAGGGUCCAAGGUGGAAAGAUCCCCACACAGCCACGCUCACGGAUCAUGGGUGGCUCUCAGGCGCCCCCUGGCAGCUGGCCUUGGAUUGUCAACCUGCAGCUGAAUGGAGCUUUGAUGUGUGGAGGAGUCCUGUUGGACAGCUCCUGGGUACUCACUGCUGCACAUUGCUUCGCUGGAAGUCAAAGUGAGCAUUACUGGACAGCUGUAGUUGGAGAAUUUGACAUCACUAAGGCAGACCCUGAUGAGCAGGUCAUGAAAGUCAACCGCAUUAUCACACAUCCAAAGUUCAACCCAAAUACAUUCAAUAAUGACAUUGCCCUGGUGGAGCUGAGCUCUCCUGUGGUUUUGUCAGAGCAUGUAAUGCCUGUGUGUUUGCCUUCUGACCCUGAGCCUCCCCCUGGAGCACCAUGUCUGGUGGCUGGAUGGGGCUCACUUUAUGAAGAUGGUCCAGCGGCUGAUGUAGUAAUGGAGGCAAUAGUUCCUCUGCUGUCUCAGAAUACAUGUAAAAUUGCCUUGGGCAAGCAGUUGCUCACAAGCACCAUGUUCUGCGCUGGCUACUUGUCCGGUGGUAUCGACUCGUGUCAGGGAGAUUCUGGUGGGCCACUGAUUCUACAGGACCUUACUUCAGGGACGUUUCAGUUAUAUGGUGUAACAUCAUGGGGUGAAGGCUGUGGUGAGAAAGGCAAACCGGGAGUAUACACUCGGGUUGUGGCUUACAAAGACUGGAUCCUUUCUGAAAUCAAAAAAUCAUUUAGAAGCAGGGAACCUACAUGUGCAGAGCUUCUGAAGACUUCAGAGCUGUCAGAGGAGCAGCGCAUGUCUGAGUUCACCUCAUUAUGCCAUUUCUACAUGCUGAGCUGCCCGAUAACCUUGGACCCAUCUGGGUGCCAGCGCCUAGUUCAGGACAACUGUCAGAGCCGCUUCAAAAAAUGUCAAUUGCAUUUGUUCCUGCAGACCCUGUUAGAUCUGUUGCAAAGGACAGAUGAUUACUUUCGAGAUAAAGUGGACCUAACCCUCUUAAUCCAGAGUCUUCCCCAGCUGGUGGAACAUGUCUACAUUUCUUCAGUCAAUGUGCGAACAAGAAGACAAACCCUUAAAACAGUUUUUGCUCAAAGGAGGCACAGAAGGCAGCUGCUUGGUGGACAGCUCCAUGAAGCAGUGUGUUCUGGGGUAGCAAAGUUAGCACAGCAGGUCAUUGUUACCAAGGAGAUGUACAACUGGAUUCUAAACAUCACGCCAAGCAACCUCAACAUGAACUUCCAAGAGGUUCUUGUUGACAUCAACACGAAAAAUGAACAUGGUCUAUAUGAAGCACGUGUCAAAGCAACAGUAGGUGGACAUCCUUUGAGCUUCUACAGUCUUGUGGGACUGGAGAAUGAUUCAUUUUAUAGGAGCAUGCCGCACAUCAUUGCUCUAGCACUUGAUGCGCUAAAAACCCAAUGAGGCAUGUAAACAAAUGUAUGUCACUCUCAAAUGCAGUCAAUAUAUGGACAGUGCGUGUUAAUCACACAAUCUUGAAUCACUGUAUGGAUUCGGUAUAUUUUCACUUGUUUGAAGUGACAUACAGCAGAAAACUGCUGUUCUUCAUGUAUAUGGAACUUGCCAGAGAAAAGCUGCUUACUAUUAUUUGAAGACCCCUCCCACAGAAUUCCACAGCCUGAGACUGCAGGCUAGGUGUAAAGAUAAUUUUUCAUAAAGAAAAAAUUUCAGCAGCAUAUUAGCUGCUGAUGCAACCAUCCCAUUUUUUUCUGGGCUUGUGACCAUAUUUUUCAUUGAAAUACACAUACAUUAUGUCAGAUACUGAGCAGGGUUCUGUGAGUUUAACAUGACUGGUACUUAAAAUUGUUUUUGAACUGAUGUUUUGAUGUUCAUUCAUAUUACUGAAAGUAUUUCUCUCAGUCAUGUGACCUAUAUGUGUCAUGUUUCCUUAAUUUAUUCAUUGAAACACUGAUGUAAUGUAUUUAUUUAAAUAGAAAAGACCAGUUCAUAUGUUUGUAAAAAGAAUGAAAGAAUAUAAUGUAAAUUAAAUGUAUCUGAAUAAUUAAUUACAUUUUCUGACUAAAGCACUU